GGGAGCGCUGCUGCCGGCGCCGGGCCGGGUCGCGCGCGUCCCUUCAGAGCCGAGCGGCCGCUGUGGCGAGCGCGGCCUCCGCCGAGCCUCCCGAGCGCGUCCCUGCUCCGCCACCGCUCCGCUACCGCCACCGCCGCCGGCAAACAUGGCCCGCCCGCGGCCCGCGCCGCGCCCUUGGCUGCUGCCGCUCCUGGCGCUGCUGGCGCUGCUUGCUUCCUGCGCCCGCGCCUGGGACAGCGGCGACCUGGAGCUCUUCGACCUGGUGGAGGAAGUGCCGCGGAACUUCUACGACUUCUUGGGGGUGCAGCAGGAUGCUUCAUCUGCAGACAUUCGGAAAGCAUAUCGAAAGCUUUCUCUAAUUUUACACCCGGAUAAGAAUAAAGAUGAAAAUGCAGAAAUACAGUUUAGGCAAUUAGUGGCCAUCUAUGAGGUUUUAAAGGAUGAAGAAAGGAGGCAGAGGUAUGAUGAUAUUCUGAUCAAUGGACUACCAGAUUGGCGACAGCCUGUGUUCUACUACAGGCGGGUGAGAAAAAUGAGCAAUGCUGAGCUGGCAUUACUCUUGUUCAUUAUACUCACAGUGGGUCAUUAUGCUGUGGUUUGGUCAAUCUACCUGGAAAAACAGCUGGAUGAACUGCUCAGCAGAAAAAAGAGGGAGAAGAAGAAAAAAACAGGCGGCAGGAGUGCAGAUGAAGCCAAACUURCUGCUCUAGACAAAAAUGAAAGAGUACUGGACAAACCACAGUGGCAUGACUUACUUCCAUGCAAGCUGGGAAUAUGGUUCUGUCUCACAGUGAAAGCUUUACCUCAGCUAUUCCAGGAUGCCAGACAAUUAUAUGUAGAAUAUAAAGAAACAAAAAUGAAGGAGAAAGAAGAUGCCCUGGCUAAGGCUGAACUUGAAACACUUCAGAAAGAGAAGAAGCCUAAAGUCAAGAAACCAAAAUCAGAAUUCCCUGUAUACACAGCACUGGAAUCAAAUGCGUAUAUACCAUCUUAUGAUCAUGGAGCUUCAAUUGAAGAGAUUGAGGAACAGAUGGAUGAUUGGUUGGGAGGCAGGAACAGAACCCAGAAAAAGAAGGCACCUGAAUGGACAGAGGAGGACCUGAGCCAGCUGACAAGAAGUAUGGUUAAGUUCCCAGGGGGGACCCCCGGUCGAUGGGAAAAGAUUGCUCACGAAUUGGGUCGAUCAGUGGCAGAUGUUACCCUGAAAGCCAAACAGGUGAAGGAUUCUGUUACAUAUACACCAGGUACCAUUAGGCUCUCUGAGCUUAAAACACUGGCCCACAACUCCARAARUUUCAAAGUCAGCAUGAAUCUGCCRGAUCACAUAAUCACCCAGCGAGACAGGGAGGAGGAAAUGGAGGAGGAGGGGAACUACAAUCUUACAGCAGAGCAGAUGGAUGUCCAGACAGAUCCAAAGGACACCACUGCAAGUGAAACUAGACACCGCAGACGGAAAAUUGUCAAAGCACCUGAAAUGGCUCUGCUGSCAACAAAAGAGGCAUCAGAAGAAAAGGGCAGGGGGAGACGUCAGAAAGAUUUUGAUAACACUGAGCAAGAGGAAGAGAGUGAUGAUGAGAGCAGAAGAAGGGAGAAAAGCCGUGCGCCAGAAGAACUGUGGACUCAAAACCAACAGAAACUUCUUGAAAUGGCCUUGCAGCAGUAUCCAAAGGGAACAUCGGAUCGCUGGGAUAAAAUAGCAAAAUGUGUUCCUGGRAAAAGCAAGGAGGAGUGUAUAGCAAGAUACAAGUUGCUUGUUGAACUGGUACAAAAGAAAAAAAUGGCUAAAAGCUGAAUGCUGUGAGCAAGAAGAGAUGUAUCUCAACUUUGUCAAAAUGGGGUUUUAAAUCUCACAUGCAGGAAACUGCAUUUUUGUACCUCAGUAUUUCUAUACGUCAUGUGCCUUAGUAGAAGAAAAUAUUAAUAAAUCUUACACCAUCUUACCUCGUUUGUGUGUUGAAGAAUGAAUGCAUGUUUGUAUUGAAGAGCUGCUUAUGCAG